AUGGCUGCCGUGGAGGACGAUGAGCCCAAUUCCAACUCGGCUGGGGAGGACUUCGUUUCCUCAAGGCCAGCUAAAAAGAGACGCCACGACACGGCGCUCAAUGAAGCUGCUGAUCCUGAGGGACCUGCAUGUCAAUCGUGUCGCAGAAAGAAGGCCAAGUGCACUAGGCGUCAGCCUUGUUCCGCCUGUGUUCGUUAUAACGUCGAGUGCCUCUACGAUGACCGAAAGAACAAGCCGGGCCUGAGGACUGGCGCCGUUGAGAACCUUAGCCAACGCGUCGCGACUUUGGAAUCCAUGUUUCUUGGCCAGGGGGUUCUCUGGCAGCAGGUUUUCAACCAGCUCAGCUCGCUCACCGGACAAGAAGAUUCGAGCCCAGGUCGAUUGUCAAAAGAUUCCGGCUUGUCGCUCCAGGAAAGCGCGUCACAUCUGAAAUCGACACUAUCUAACCUGGCAGAGUCCGGCCCUGUCGCCGGGUCUGCCGAGCUCGAUUCGUCGCGGUGGCCAGAAUUCCUCCAGAACACGGACACCCGCCCAACGCGAACCAGCGGCGACGCCUGCAAGGGCUGUUCGGUCCUCCCAUAUCAAGACUUCGCUUCAUUACCUCCGCCAGAUCUGAUGGAUUCCCUGGUCGAUAUCUACUUCGCGAACCUGCACCCCUGGAUACCUAUGCUUCAUGUUCGUGAAUUCAGGGACCGCAUGGCUGAUGCCGCCGAGCGCCCUCGGCUGCGAACGGUUUUCCAGGCCAUUGUGUCCACUUGUGCUCGGUUUUCAGACGACGCCCGUCUCGGUUCGCCCGAAACAAAGACGCAAAUGGCCAAGAGAUACCGGCAGGCCGUCAUCGUGGAGAGCAUGGAUUCGUUUUCUGUAGAAAACCUUCAAGCACUAAUUAUCUGCGCUUUCGAUACGAUUGGAAGCGGACGUGGUCCUUCAGCUUGGUCUAUCGUUGGCAGCAUGACACGAACAGUAGAACAGCUUCAACUGAGUGUGGAAGAAGACCAAACACCGCCCGCGAGAGCAUUAAUUAAACGGAUUGCGUUUCUAAAACCAUGCAAGACUUGGGUCGAACGAGAGGAACGACGGCGUGUCUUCUGGAAUACAUUUCUUCUGGACCGCUUUUGUAGCAUCGCAACCGGCUGGAACUUCUCCUUAACAAGUGCCGACGUCAAGAGGAGGCUUCCAUGUGAGGGUGCACUUUGGGAAGCAGGCCAUCCUCUGCAGACACCAACGCCGUACUUCGGAGUUGCCGACACCUCAAGUGGUACGAAUGGGGCAUUGCCAACUGCUCGCCCCGAAGGCGAAGCCCAGGACUCGAUAGGUGGGUUUGCUUACUGUAUUGAAGCAACGGAAAGCUUGAGCCUCGUCACAUCAUUCUUUCUACAGCAAGCGGUUGAUGUGACAAAGCCACAGGAGGUGCAGAUGUGGCUGCUCAAGUUCAAGCAGCUUGACUUGCGCCUGGUCCAGUAG